GGCUCGGCUAGAACUUAAUUAUCUGAAACGGGAGGAGCUAUUUGUAUGUGAACAAUGGCGAGUUUCCGUCAGGAUUUUUAAAAUGCUUUCAAGCAUUCGACAAGAGAGUCGAUAUGUCAAUCAUGGAUCGAUAGCAGGCGUGGCUAAGUGGGUCUACACUCGUAGUGUAUACAGCAUAGAUGAUGGCAGAUAGCAGUCGACAGAAAGCAGACGACAGAAAGCAGACGACAGAAAGCAGACGACAGAGAGCAGACGACAGUGAGCGGACGACACUUGUUGCCGGGUGCUGUCACAAUGCAGAAGGGAGGUUUGGAAUGAGCGAACAACUUGCUGCUAUUGACCUGUAGAAGAGGACACAUUUGACCGUUAUGGAGUCGAUAAAGCGAAGGUCCAUCAGCUCCUGCCAGUCUGAGGACGGACAGUCCGGCUACAGUGGAGAACCCCCGAUAUCACCGUCCAAAAGUCGCUUUCCCAUUCACCUGCAAUCAAGCAGCAUUCUGGAGAGCGGUUGCAAGAUGUCUGUGUCCAAUAAUCUCUUCUACGCUGUGUUAAAGGCUCGGUUUCAGAGAACACGGUUCCUUCUGGACAGAUUCACUGAUGUUAACAGUCGCAACGACUUCGGUUACAACACUCUCGUGGCAGCUCUUCACAUAGAACACGACGUCAAGCGAGACAAGAUGUUUACGAUGUUACUACGACACGGCGCAGACCCACGGAAGAAGGACUUGGCCCAUGGGAGGAACGCCUUGUCUUGGGCGUGUCACCUGGGGCGGGAACAACAGGUGGAGCACCUCCUGCUGGAUUAUGGAGGAGAUAUGGACCUAGCGGAGAGGGACAACGAUGGACUGACAGCCCUACACCAUGCUACACACGCGGGCUGCAUGAAUAUCGUGAAGCUUCUGAUCCAGACUCUUCUCAAGUACAGACUCUCUGUAGACGUCCAGGACAAUCAAGGAAUGACGCCCUAUGUGCAUGCGAGAAGGUUGGGGUUCAAGGAAAUCGCUGAAAUACUAAGACAAGAAGGUAGUGCAUCUCCAGCAAAGUCAGAUUCCAGGUUCUUCAAGUCUCCUCGUGAGUGGUCACAGAUAGGGAAGUUCGAGCGACAGAAAGGCGAAGAGAUCAGGCGAAAGGAGGAGAGGAUCAGGGCAAAGAUUGAAGGACGCGUUACCAGGUUUAAAUUCGGGAGUCCGUUUCACGGUUCGGAUUUAACUAGAAUUCAAAUCCCCGAAGAGUCGGGACAAGAGAAAUUGUUUGUGAAGAGGACUGUUAUCAAAGCAGAGACCGAAAGUGACAGUGUUCAACGCGAAACCAAUUCUCUUCCCCCGGAUGUAACAUCUGCUAUGGCAACCCCGGAUAAUGCGAGGGUGCGGCCAAAGUCAGACCGACUAUAUGAUGAGCCUGAUGGAUCUAAAGGGGGCUCCCAGGGUGUUGCUAUAUCCCUUAUUGGACUGUCAGGAACAGAACGAGGUCGCAUAGCAGACACAUUUCACCACAGUGAGCUUGACACCACCAAAGUGUCGGAAUAUACUGAGAUGCUGGGAGGCAUACACGCCUUAAUGACCAUUCUGUCUCACGAAAAAACACCAUCCUUUCGAAAAUCAGUGGUUCACGAAGCCCCUCCCGUCCCCAAGAUCCCACAGAAGAACAAAUCCAAAGUUUCGACGCUAGCCAUUCUGUUCGGGAAAGAAAAGGUCAAGAAUAAGAGGACGGGUCGGAAGGGGAAAGGGGUCAAGGACAAAAUGGACGCCCGGAAGCGAAGACAGGGUCUUCUCGGUGGCAAAUCAAAACAGGUGGUACUACCGGAUAUAAGGUUAAAUGAUCGUGCUGUUUGACGCACCUGCAAACAUUUUGUCCUUUCGGAGAACACCUGGUGUCAUCAGUGAUCCAGUCUUAUAAUUUUUCACAACUGUUUUUUCCCUUUACACCAAAAGGGAUGCUUUUGAUUAUAACUGAACUCAGCAGUCUGUUUAUAGAUCGGAUCAUGUGACUCGUAUUAUUCGACUGGUAUUCAGGAUUAUUUGGCUGGUAUUCAGUAUAAUGCUACUAGUAGUCAGUAUAAUGCGACUAGUAUUCAGUAUUAUUCGACCGGUAUUCAGUAUAAAGCUACUACUAGUCAGUAUAAUGCGACUAGUAUUCAGUAUUAUUCGACCGGUAUUCAGUAUAAUGCUACUAGUAGUCAGUAUAAUGCGACUAGUAUUCAGUAUUAUUCGACCGGUAUUCAGUAUACUGCUACUAGUAGUCAGUAUAAUGCGACUAGUAUUCAGUAUUAUUCGGCUGGUAUUCAGUAUAAUGCGACUAGUAUUCAGUAUUAUUCGACCGGUAUUCAGUAUAAUGCUACUAGUAGUCAGUAUAAUGCGACUAGUAUUCAGUAUUAUUCGACCGGUAUUCAGUAUAAUGUGAUUGUUCAGUAUUAAGCUAGUAGACUAAUUAUAUGCUGUAAAAUGACCACAAAGGUCAAGUACAUUAAUAAGUAUUUCAAGCAGGGUAGCUGCACAAACACAAUGCCCUUUGUAUCAUAUUAAAUCUAUAUGAUAUCGUAUUAAAACUACCUUAACAGUAUUAAGAGCAGACAAACAAAUGGCACGUUCGGGCAAUUGCUGUCCUUCCUCUGUUAUUCUAACACGAUAAACAUCAACAUUCGUGUCGCC